AUGGCACCCAAGGCUUUUCAUUGCUUCCGCAAGCUCCCAAUUGAGCUUCGACUUCGUAUCUGGAACUUGAUGAUGGUACCCCGAGUCAUCCGGGCCAAAUGGGACAACGAUGUUACUGAAAGAGAUAUUGUCCAGGUCUAUAUUCUUGCAGCAGGGGCUGUUCCUCAGGUUCUCCAUAUUUGCAAAGAGUCUCGCAAGGAGGCCAAACGCAAAUACUGCUUUAUCAAGUCCCACCUCCAGAUUCUUGACCGCAAGACCUCCAUUCCCAGUUCUCCGAAGUCUAUUUGGGCCAACUUCGACAUCGAUACGCUGUACUUCGUCAACAUUCCUGCCGUCGUGAACUUUCUCAGCUAUAUGAGACGGCUGUCCAAGAAGAAAAUUGGUGGCGCAGAUAAAAACAUCAAAUACAUAGCUUUCCCCGCAUGCGUCCUGGAUCGGCUUAGACCAAUUCCCGGAAUGCCGAGCAAGUUUACCAACUUCUAUCGACUUGUGGUAGAUCUACCCAGCAUAAAGAAAAUUAUCAUCAUGCUGGAUAAUAGCAAAUUUGAAGACGAGAAAUAUCCAGAAUAUUACUCGCUGUCCAGACCACAGCCUAUCGGGAAGAAUGGCAGAGGCGGUGGAAGAUGGGGCAGCAAGGGAGUGAGAGACAAGAUGAGCGCCAUGUUCGACGAUUUCUUCACAAACCCCAAGGGAGAGGGAAAUGAUAUUGAGGCGUUUAAAAAGUACAAAGACAAACACCCAGAUUGGGUCUUGCCGAGUUUCAUCAUACUAUCCAUCACGAAGACUCCCAAGCACGAUUAUGCUGGUGACGGGCUUCCUGUUGACAAGAUUCCGAAGAAACGGGUUACUGCAAGACCAAAGAAAACCACCAAGAAUUUGACGACGGCCAAACUUCGACCGGCAAAACCCCAGUGAACAGUAUUGCAAUGGUUCCUCAUCGGCGUGGGUUUUUGAGGGGUGGGGACACUUCAGAGCGAUGUAUCUGCGCUCGCUACAGUCUAAUCACUGAGCAGAUGACUGCGUUCGGCCUCUAGAAUUCCUUUCAUUGACCUGAAUUUGGAGUGCGUUCCUUUUCCAAGUCUUUUUUCUGUCUUAUCAUAAAGGACCGAUGCAGCAUGGAACAUUUACACCAAUUGUUCCCAACAUAAUGGAACACUUAGAUCUGG